AUGGCAGCUCUCACUCUCACUCUCUUCAUCUUCCUCCUCCGCUUCACCACCGCCACUAGCCACCGCCACCUCCUCCACCAGCCCUUCUUCCCAGUCGAAUCAGACCCUCCAACUCCAUCACCAUCUUCCUCUCCCCACCCCUCUCCAAUUCCCAAAAUGCCCUUCUCCUCCGCCUCAUCCUCCUCCCCAACGCCGCCGGAUAACAAGCCCUUCUUCCCCUCCAUGAAACCCACACCGCCUCCUCCCUCCCCAACAGCCCUCACCUCCUUCCCGGCCAACAUUUCCUCCAUCCUCUUCCCCCAACCCUCCUCCACCUCCCCCCACCGCCACGUCAUCGCCAUCGCCGCCUCCGUCUCCAUCACCGCCGUCCUCAUCAUCGUCUCCGCCGCCGCAUUUCUCCUCUACCGCCGCCGCCAGAAGCUCGACCCCACUUCCGGCGACGACAAGGCCUCCCGGACCGACAGCCUCCGCCUGUUCCCGCCAAACACCGUCACCUCCGACGGCGUUCACAAGCAGCGUACCACACCCAACAGAACCACCGAGAACUUCCUCUACCUCGGCACAUUAUCCAACGCUCACGCUACCGACGCCCAAAGCGUCGCCACCACCAGCAAUGCCAGCUCCAAGUUCGGCGUUUCUUCUAGCCGCUCCGGCUCGCCGUACCAGAAGCUUGGCUCGCCGGAGCUGACGCCGCUUCCGCCGCUUCCCAAGCACAACUUCCGGCGGAGCUACAAGCACGAACUGGGUUCCGACGACGAUGAAGAGGAAGAUGAGUUCUUUUCUCCGAGAGGGUCGUCUGCGAGUCCCAAAAAGGUCGCCGGAGUAAGCUCAGAUAGAGUGUUCAAGGCGGUAGAAGGCGAGAACAUCGGAAGCAGAAGCUUCAAUUCAAGAACUGCAUCAUACCCAUGUUCGAAAUCUGCUUCUCCAGCAAGUUCUGUGUCCAACACUGUCUCGCCGCAGCUGAAUAUAUCAAGUCCCACAAACUCGCCGGACUCUGUGAUCAAUUUCAUGGCUCCGUCACGGCCUGGUACGGUUCCGGUGGCUGUGUCCCGGUCGAUGUCUUCCUCGUCAACGUUUUCUGAGAGAGUUGUUCCCGCGAAUGUGCAGAGUUCCCCUGACUUUUUGACACAGAUGAAGCAGUCUCUGUUGAGAAAUAACAGUGCUCCUAAGCGGUUUGUUCCGAUAAGACUGCCUCCGCCGCCUCCUCCGCCACCGCCGCCGAGGUUUUGGGAAGGUCCGGUGAGUCCAGUGGUGAAUGCAGAGAAGAAUGGCGUUGAGGAAAAAAGCGAGGAAACUCCUAGGCCAAAGUUGAAGCCUUUACAUUGGGACAAAGUUAGGGCCAGCUCAGACCGCGCUAUGGUCUGGGAUCAGUUAAAAUCGAGCUCGUUUCAGUUGAAUGAGGAAAUGAUCGAGACACUUUUUGUGGUAAACAAUUCAAGUUUGACACCAAAAGAAAAUGCUCGGCGACAAAUUCUGCCCUCUCUGAAUCAGGAGAAUCGUGUGCUGGAUCCAAAGAAGUCUCAGAAUAUUGCAAUUUUGUUAAGGGCGCUCAAUGUUACCAUUGAUGAAGUCUGUGAAGCACUCUUGGAAGGAAACUCGGAUUCUCUCGGAACGGAACUUCUUGAAAGUUUAUUAAAGAUGGCUCCAACCAAAGAGGAAGAGCGUAAGCUAAAAGAGUUCAAAGAUGAAUCACCUUUUAAGCUUGGCCCAGCUGAGAAAUUUCUGAAGGCAGUGCUUGAUGUACCUUAUGCAUUUAAGAGGGUGGAUGCAAUGCUGUACAUUGCCAAUUUUGAUUCAGAAGUAGACUAUCUUAAAAGGUCUUUUGAGACAUUGGAGGCAGCUUGUGAAGAAUUGAAGAACAGCAGAAUGUUCUAUAAGCUUCUCGAAGCAGUGCUCAAAACUGGGAACCGCAUGAAUGUUGGCACCACCCGUGGCGAUGCUCAUGCCUUCAAGCUCGACACACUCCUCAAGCUGGUAGAUGUGAAGGGCACUGAUGGAAAAACUACUCUGUUGCAUUUUGUUGUACAGGAGAUCAUCAGAGCUGAAGGUUCUCGUCUCUCGGGCAUGAAUCAGAAUGAAACAACUGAGAGCAGUCAACAAUCUUCUUUCCGGGAUGAUGUUGAGUUUAGGAAGCUUGGCCUGCAAGUUGUUUCAGGAUUGAGUGGGGAGCUCAUUAAUGUAAAGAAAACUGCUGGUAUGGAUUCAGAUGUACUGAGCAAUGAAGUUGCCAAGAUUGCUGGUGGAGUUUCAAAAAUAGAAGAUGUUGUAAAACUAAUUGAAGGAAGUGCAUUGAAGGAGAGUAGCCAGAAGUUCUUUGACUCCAUGAGUGGGUUCUUGAACAAGGCAAGUGAAGAGAUUGUGAUGAUUCAAGCUAGAGAGAAACUUGCAUUCUGCAUGGUAAAGGAAAUAACAGAAUAUUUCCAUGGGAACUCAGCUAAAGAAGAAGCUCAUCCUUUACGUAUUUUCACGGUGGUGAGAGAUUUUCUGUCCAUUCUAGAUCAGGCAUGCAAGGUAGUUGGCAAAGUUAAUGAAAGAACCAUAGUUGGGUCAGCACGCCAAUUUCCUAUUGUCAUGAAUCCAACCCUGCCACCAGUUUUUCCCGGACCAAGUACAAAACAGCAUUAUGGUUCCUCGGAUGAUGAAACCUUGCCUUGAUCAUAGUUUUCAGUGCUUGGUUACAUAUGGAUGAUGAUCUGCAUGGGGGGUCUGUUGGAGCUGAUAAGUUGAUUAUCUUUUUUGGUUCGGCACCUUUCUUGUACUUAUAUAUACAAACACAAGAUUUUGGAAUCAUGUCUUGUGUAAUAUAUAGAGGGAGGGAAUUAGAUCAGAAAAUAAUGUUGUAGUGUUGGCACAAUUAAUAUGAUCUAAUGUACAUCUGGUAGUCGUAUGU